UUCAAUCUCAUAUAUACCUAGGAGUAUUUUAUAGUAAAGUUAAAUAUUUUAUAUUUUUCUUUGAAUAAAAAUGGAAUCAUCUAUCUCGGCAAGAGUUAAAGUAAAAUCCCUGAAAGAUCCUAGCAUUCCAUAUAUCUUAAAUGGGGAACUUUAUGAAAUUUUAACCCAACAUGGAGAUAAUGUUACGGUGAGAUGUUCCAGUUGCCCGGCAGAUCGGGUCUAUCGGGGUAGUGUUCGUUCUACAGGAAAUUUUCACAUGCAUAUUAAAAGAAGACAUCCAGAAUUAUUGGGUAAAUUACAUGAAAUGAAAGUUGGAUCGUUGUUGGAACGACGUGAACGCUUGUUGAAUGCAAAAAAGCUUGUCAUUAGAGGACGAAUUAAGAAGGAAAGUUCUGGAUCUGGAGAAACUCUUGAGAUGAUACCAACUCAGUGCCAAAACAUAGCUCAUCCAAUUGACUAUAGCUGCAGAAAUAGUUCUCAUUCUGCUCCAUCUGAAGAAGUGUUCACAAAUAACACACAAUCACCCAUACCAAGUGAAAAUGAGCCACAAAUUUUGAUUGCAACCGAAAUUCAUUGUGAUAGUGAAGCCAAUAUGGGCAUCCAAAGAACUCCGAUAUAUUUUACAACUAUCAAAGAGGAAACAUCUUCAUCAUUGGACAAUGAACAAGCAAUGGAUCUUACUACUCCCAAUUCUAGGCGUUGUGAAAGUCCAUUAACACACCAAAUGUCAAAUCUCAAAUGGGAACAUGUUCUCCAAAGAGUGGAGGGUUCUUUGAAAAAUAUACAACACGAGAUGAGGACUCGCAAUCAAAUUGAAACAAAUCGUAUAUUUUUGGAUUUGGCUAAAUUCAAAUUUCUUAAUCCAGGAUUUCGUUAUCAAUCCUAAUUAUUAACAUUUUUUUUUUUAAAUCGCUGGUCGAGAUUUAUUUCCAUGAAAUAAUAAUUUAUUUUUAAGUUUUCUUUUUUUCGUUACUUUUUAUUAUUUUCAAUAAUUGAAUUAAAACAUUUUUAAGUUUUUAUUAUUAUUAUGUAAAUGCAGUUUCAUGCAUUGGAAGCAAACGUAUUUUUUAUAUAUAAUCUGAUUUGAAUAAAAUAUAUUUUGCUUUUUGAAA